CGUGGGCCGCUGAAAUUUAGCAUAAUUCCCCUAUAUCUUUGAGCAGAAUGUCCCUUAUCAUAAUACUUCGGUGGUAGUGGCGACCGUGGAGGAUGGCACCCCUCACAUCUUGUCUUCCGCUUUGGGAACCUUCCAAAGCACCUUCUGACUCUACCACCGAGAUCGAAGUGCGAACUGAAAAGAUUGAGGAUUAUAGAGCCGGAUAUCCCCGCUACACUGCUCUCAUCUCGUCGCAUUCCAACUUUUUUGUGUUUAGACGGUUUGAUAAGCUUCGAGCGAGACUUCUUCUCUUAAAGCAAGACCGGCUAUCUGUACUCGAAAAACGUCUGGACGAUGUUGAUCACUCUGAAACGGCUCCGAUCUUCCUUGGAAGGAGCCGGUGUGAUAGAAAUGCUGAGAGAGCAUCUAUUUUGCGGGAAAUUGACGAUGGCCUCGCCGAUUAUGAUCGGUUUGUGGAGCGAAGCAAUCGUGUAAUGAGCUUUGGCUCUGCUCAGAUGAGAGAUGUCGGCAGUCUACAAAAUUGGUUGAAUAGUAGUGGCUGCCUGGACAGAGAGGAAGGGGCCUAUCUCACACACCAUCGAGACUUGUUUGCCCUAUCUCCGAUGGGUGAUGAUGCGGUGUUGACAUUCGAGUCAUGGGUAGAAGACAAACUCAUCCGUUUUCACACCGGGUUCCGAAAGAGUCGAUUUCAUGAUGUCUCGACGGAUGAAGACGUCUUCAUAUAUUCGGGCUCAUUGAUCAAAAGAAUAGCCAAGGGUUUGUUAGUAUUGCUGAUAUCAUUUAUCCUUAUGAUACCAAUCAUCAUUUGCAACGUCAUCGGCUCCGUUGCGAUCAGAGUUUUUGUUGUUAUGGCAUGCACGAUAUGCUAUCUUCUCAUUCUGUCUGAAUUGACGAAAUCAAAAACGAUGGAAUUAAUUGUUGCUGGCACAACAUAUGCUACUGUCCUCAUCGUCUUUGUCUCAGGCACGAGUGGGAUAUAGAGCUGGAGUAUUCUCAAAAUUGGAGACAAAUUGUAGGAGCGGGUACCGUCAAUCUGUGUGCGGGACCUCCGACUACCCAGCUGCUUUAGUCUCAUGAUAUUAUUUGAUUGAGUGAAUUAUACCGUGAUCUUUGACGGAACCUGGACAUUCUCAGCCGCCUCGUGGCCGCCCUAAUUCGGCUGGAAACGAUACCACGCAGCCGGUGAGGAGGGAGCGGAUGCCACACCA